AAUGUAUGAUCUUUUUAUUAAAAAAAAAAAUAACAAAUUAAAAUAAGAAAACAAAGAAAUCAAUAAAAAAGAUUGACAAGCCCUGACGAGUUCUGACUUACUCAGUUCAUUACAUUUCAAAAUUCAAAAUUUUAACAAGUAUCAGACCUUAGUAAUCAUUCUAAUCCAUUUUUAUUCACUGGGCCGUAAAUUUCGUUCUGAAGAACAUUCCAUCAUACAACGAUUUAAAAAACAGCUGUUUAAACUCUCUAUAUGUUGUUUAAACUCUAUCGCGAGGAUUUCUUUUUUUUAAUAACAGUGUAAGGUUGGGAGAAAUUUAAAAAAUUGAAAAAAUACCAGGCUGAAAUACUGCAAGAACAUCCAUUUUUACACACGCACGUAAAAACCUUUGACGAAAAGAACUCUGAAUAUUCCAUGGCAGCUGGGCUGCUAAUUAGAGAUACCUUUCGAAUGAAGUUGCCCAGGGUUCAACGUCAGUUCCAAAUCCUGAUGCCAAACUCAAACGCAGCUAACGAUGGAAAAGUUCAAAAGUCGGACUCCCUCGAUAAAGCAGAAGUCACGACCCAAAGGGUGGACGAGACAAUCGGAGAAGCUGCAAAAUUGCUCCCGUCCGUAUCGAAACCCUCAUCUCACCAGGAUCAGAGCGUCACCGAUGCUAAUCCCAUCGACGUCUGCAAGAACGAAAAAGGUGCCUGUAACAUCGGAAAGGACUCCAGCGAACAAAAGGCUUGCGAGAAAGAGAGGAAGGUAAUAGACCUUGCAGAAAUCGUGGAUGACGAUCGCAGAUCGGGAAAAAAGAUGCUGAACCUGAACCUGAAUCUGCAGGACUGUAAGGACAAAAUUCGAGACAAGUGCGAGCUGGCUGGUAGAAGGUGGAGCGAAGCAAGUUUUUCGGGGAAAAUUACAGAAGCAAGACUUGAACUGAAAAAGAAAAUGCCUGAUUGGUGGAAGACGAUGACUUGUAAUUUUAAUAGUCUGCAAGAAAACGUCGCGAAAAAAUUGGGGAAGAGAGGCGAUUGAGAGGAAGAGGUAACGUGCAUCUCUAAAACUGAAAAAUGAGAUCCGAUAAAAAGAAAAAUAGAGAAUAAAACUGAACACAAAACAAAUCCAUUUUGAUCAUAAAACCAUGUGAGACUAUGUUCCAUACAUUUCUUUUCCUUUUUCCCAUAAAAAUGAAGUCUAAGCGCAUACACAUUUCAGAAAAACUUUAUUUGUUUAAUAUGAACUAAAUGGUUAUUUUAUACAUACUAGGCGAAGUCUUUUAACCCCAUUUCACGAAGAAAGAUAUUUGUUCUUUGAUAAAACUGUGUUUUUAAUUAUUAGUAUGAAUUAAUUUUAAAUCACAACGACACGAUUCUCAUAAAAUAUUUGAGUAGGUAUUUCUCCUCGUUUUUGAAGGGAGAAGUGGUGAAAUAAAGUAUCCUGUGGUUUUUCUGUACGUUAAGGUCUUUAACUCCGACGGUAUAACUUUGAGAACCAGUAUGCUGUUUUAUAUUAAAACUCCCUAAUGAUAACAAAACUUUAAAAUACCACCUACUCUGAAAUUUUGCACUCAUUUACGAUGCGUAAGAAUAUCAUCAGAAAUUCGCCGCUCCUUGAGUAUUAAAACAUCUACCUCUUACACCGAGAUAGUGAUAACUUCUAUUAGAUAUUUUCAUGGUUAGAAUGAAUCUUAAAAAAAUAUAUUCCGUAAAAUAUAUAUGAUGCUGCAUCAA